UUUCACGUUACUUUAACUUAAUAAUAAAAUUUUCUUUUAUUUAUAAGAAAAAUGACGACAAAUCAAUAUAAUUCCAUCACUUGUUUUAAAUUAUCUACAAAAGAAAAUGAAAUAGACAAAAUAUUUUAUGUUAGAUCUAAUUGGAAAGUUAACCCUUUCAAAGAUCUAUUAGGUCGAGACGAAAAAAUUAUUUGUGAUUUAUCAUUAACUGAUUGUAAAUCUUUUUGGGCGCGAAAUGUUACAUUAUUGGAUUUAAAAAAUACGAAACCGGAUAAUAUAAGAAAUCCUAAAGAUUUUUGUGAAGCUACUCAAGCGGCUUUAUCAGGAAACGAUAAAUAUGGAAAUCAAAAAUUAUCUUGUAAUAUUAUUGUUAAUGAACAACAUGCCAAGAUAACAUGGAAUUGGUCGAUGCAACAAACUGGAAAAUCAAAAUCUACAAUGGAAUUACAAUUUACACUUGGAAGUAUUUCAUUAAAUCCGGUCUCGCAAUUUGAAACUAUAAAGAUGUGGCAAGAAUGGAUGGAUUUUUUUAUUGAAGAAAGAAAUCAGCUUUUAAAAAGUAAAAUCACGUAUGAAUUACGUGUUAAUGAUUUGGAGGAAAUUAAAGGACAAAUGCAAGAAAAAAUUGAAUCAAUAACUGACGAAAAGAUACAUAAUCAAACAUUAUUAAUAGAAAAGUUUAAAAAAGUUAUGAAUACCAAGAAAAAGAAAGUGAAAAAAUUGAUGAAAGUAUUGAAUGCGAAUGGUGCCAUUAUGUCAUCAGAAUUACAAGCUUCGCAUGAUGAACAUUUAGAUGAAAAUGAGUUUGAAGAAGAGUUAUCGAAUGAAAGUGAAUCCAGCAAACAUGCUAAUACUCGUGGUAAAUCUUCACGGCCUCUUCCUACUGACGCCUUUUCUCCUUCAAAGAAAACUAAAGUAGAUGAUGCUUUCGAGUCAAAGAGUACAAUUGCAAGUGAAUCAACAAAUGAAGAAGAUCAAGAAGAAUUACAAGAAAUACAACCACAAAAACGUCCCGAAUCUGUUUUAACUAAAACUUUUCGUGGUCAAGUGAUUAAAUCUAGAAGGAUGGGUCGUAAACCUGUUACAAGAUCAAGUAAUUCAUUAGAAAAUAUUUUGGUCCCCAUUGAGGAGCCAGAACCUAGCCCCGAGAUCGAAGAAGUUAAAGAAGCAGAAGAUUUAUUAGAUCAAAUAGAUCAAAUGUAAAAAUAAUAGAUUUUAUUAUGAUAAAUUUAUAUUAUUUAAUUUUAAUCGAAUAAUACCAGCUGAAAUAUGGAACUUUAUUUUAUGAUUUUGAUUAAUACAAUAAAUCUUUUAAAUUGCUGUCUUCUAUAUCUGAUUGAAAGUUGAAAAUGUUUGAUAUAUUUUAUAAUUUAUACGCCUAUAAUUUUUACUAUCUUUCUGGUAUAGUGCGAAUUUUAUUAAUGUUCACACACAUACCUUCCUUGACAGUUAUGAUUAUUAUUAAAAAAAAAAAAAAUG